CCGCCUUCCUGGCAAGCCUGGCCGGGAGCCUCGCAAACUCGGGGCUCCGGGCUUGACAGCAGAAACGCAGCAGACUGGCUGCAUCGAGGGAAGAUGAAUUGGGCAGCGCUGUGAAGCUGGGCUUCUGGUCGCUUGUGGGAUCCAGAAAAUGGGUUGCUGGAGAAAACUGGGGCUGCUUUCCUUACUGCUGCUCUCCUUCUGUUGCAGCACCUGCGCUCGCCGCAACCUAAAGACCAACCUGUGCAAGUGGUGCGACUCCACGCCGCCGGCCUGUGAGGAGAAGGUGUGCUACAGCAACUGCAACCUCAACUCCUACUGCGAGGACCCCUACGAGAUCUGCGUGGCCAUAUGGAGGCAGGACAACGACAGCAUCAGGAUCAGCACGCUCUGCCACAACCCUCAUCGCCCCAUCGAAAAUCUCAUGGUCCCCAACUACAACACCUCGCGCUGCAUCAUGACCCACCAGCCCAGCGAGGACGCCAUCAUCUACGUCUGCGGCUGCGUGGACGAGCAGGAAUGCAACGACAAACUUAUCUUUGAAAACCACACCAAUGGCUACUCCAUGCUGCAGAGCAAAGAGGUGAUCCCCGUGGCCGCCAUCAGCCUCCUGCCCCCGCUGCUGGUGGCGGUGAUGAUCACGGUGAUCUUCUACCUCUGCCGCACGCAGAAGCGGCGCAAGAGAGCCAAGGCGUGGGGUGGGAAGGCGGCACAGCCGCCGGCGCUGUCGGAGAGCGGGCGGACUGCCGAGCGGCAGGAGAAGAUGUCCGUGCUGAUGGAUGAGAGCUCGGCCAGCGCCAGCCUCAUCUGCGCCAGCAGCCGGCCCGCCGAGCUGCUCCCCAUCGAGCUGGACGAGAUGGUGGGCAAAGGGCAGUUCGCCGAGGUGUGGCGGGCCAAGCUGAGCCACAGCCGCUCCGGGCAGUACGAGACAGUGGCUGUAAAGAUCUUCCCCUGCGAGGAGUACUCCUCCUGGAAGAACGAGAGCCAGAUCUUCACGGACGCCAGCCUCAAGCACGACAGCGUCCUGCGCUUCCUCACGGCGGAGGACCGCGGCGCAGGGCCCCGCCGGGAGUACUGGCUCAUCACUGCCUACCACAGCCGAGGCAACCUCAAGGACUACCUCUCCCGCCACGUCCUGAGCUGGAUGGAGCUGCAGAAGAUGGCAGGCUCGCUGGUGAGCGGCGUGGCCCACCUGCACAGCGACUACACGGCGUGCGGCAGGCCGAAGAUCCCCAUCGCGCACCGCGACAUCAAGAGCACCAACGUGCUGGUGAAGAGCGAGCAGGAGUGCGUGCUCUGCGACUUCGGCAUCGCCAUCCGCCUCGACCCGGCCCUCUCCGUGCACGACUUCGCCAACAGCGGGCAGGUGGGCACUGCCAGGUAUAUGGCCCCAGAGGUCCUCGAGUCUCGAGUGAACCUGGAAGACCUGGAAUCUUUCAAGCAGAUGGACGUCUACUCUAUGGCCCUUGUUUUGUGGGAAAUGGCCUCCAGAUGUGAAGUGGUAGGAGAGGUAAAGAAUUAUGAGCUGCCUUUUGGGUCGAAAGUCCAGGAGCAGCCCUGUGUGGACACCAUGAGGGAUAUUGUGCUGCAUGGCAGAGGGCGACCUGAGAUCCCAAGCAGCUGGCUGGUGCAUCAGGGAAUGCGUUUUCUGUGUGACACCAUCACGGAGUGCUGGGACCAUGACCCCGAGGCUCGCCUCACUGCCCACUGUGUGGCCGAGCGCUUCAACCUGAUGGCACAGAUGGACUGCGACGACAUCCUCAACAACAACACGGACAACGAGGCCAGCAAAACUGCUUCUCCAGACGGGGAGCACCAGGACAGUGACGGGAACAGAAAUACACAGUGACACAGCAGGCAAAAAAGCCUCAUCAGGAGGAACAACAGGAUAAGCGAGAAGCAUUUAGCUCAUAGGAAAAGCCCUCGAUGCGUUUUUAACAAGUGGAACUAAGAUCUAGUACAUAACUUAUUUAUAUAAGGCCUGUUUCCUCCCACAGAGUGAACUGUGGAAUCCAUAUUUUGGUUAAAGCCCAACAUUAUGUAUGAACUGGUUUUGUACUUAAACUUUGAGUGUAUAAUGAUGCAAAGCAUUCAUUUUGUUGUUUUUUAAAAUAAUAAUGUUUAAUCUUUUAUUAAUAA